AUGUUGGAUGACUCCUUUAAGAUUAAGGAUCUUGGCCAACUCAAUUACUUUCUGGGGAUUGAAGCUUUUAGGAGUCCUAAUGGUCUUAACCUCUGUCAAAGAAAAUACACCUUGGACAUUCUGCAAGAAAAUGGUUUCCUUGAUGCUAAGCCUGCAAAGACAUCAUGCACUCAGGGCCACAAGCUUACAAGUACUGAUGGCAUUCUUCUACAAAAACCUGAAGUUUUCAGGAGAUUAGUUGGUAAGCUUUUGUAUUUGACUAACACAAGGCCUGAUAUUGUCUAUGCUGUCCAGCAACUAUCCCAAUAUGUGGAUAAGCCAAGGGACACACACCUAGCAGCAGCUCAUAGGGUGCUAAGAUACCUCAAAGGCUCCCCAGGCAAAGGACUGUUCUAUUCUUCUGCCUCUCAGAUCAAGCUUCAAGGUUUUUCAGACUCAGAUUGGGCAAAUUGCACAGAAACAAGGAAAUCUAUAACAGGCUACUGCAUUUACCUUGGCAACUCUCUUAUUUCUUGGAAGACAAAGAAACAAGCCACAGUUUCAAAGUCUUCAUCUGAGGCUGAGUACAGGGCAUUAGCCUCCACAGUUUGUGAAAUACAAUGGCUCAUAUAUCUCCUAACAGAUCUGAAUGUGCAAUGCAGUACUCCUGUUGCCUUAUUUUGUGACAAUAGAUCAGCUGUGGCAAUAGGGGAGAACCAUGUCUUUCAUGAAAGGACAAAGCAUAUAGACAUUGACUGCCAUAUAGUUAAACAGAAAGUCCAUCAAGGAGUCAUAAAGCUGAUGAGCAUCCCCUCUCAUAAACAGAUAGCUGAUGGAUUUACCAAACCUCUGCCCAUUGCUUUUUUUGAUACUUUUCAUACUAAGCUGGGCCUUCAAGAUCUUCAUGCUCCAGCUUACGGGGGGGUGAUGAAGUGA